AUGGCAUCACAAAUAUGCAUGUACUGCUUCUCCAAGCUGGACCAUCCCAUCCAUCGAAAGGUUAUAAAAGGCAAAGAAAUCAAGACAAAGGUCAAAGAAUCGUUUUUGUGCCGUAAUCCUGACUGUGUUCUGGUCUCAAACAAAAAAGCUGCCAAACCCAGAGAUAACCUGUCUGCCCUUGCCAUUGGUCUUCCUGGCCUUUGCUCACUGCUCUUUCAGGAGACAUUUCCUGAACUAUCUGCUAAGAUCAGUCACUACAACACUGACUUUAUAAACAAGACCGCAUCCGGCCAUGAUGCCAAGAUGACGGAUCCUGUGUUUGAAGCAUUAUCCAACGUUCCUAAUCACCUUUCUUCUUUCUCCGCUUCUUUAAAGGAUGGAAGUGUAAUUCAGUCAACAAUGGCUUCAAGAUUAGACACAGACAAGGCUACCAAAUCAGCAUACCAUUUAGUAAAUAAUGGAAUCAUGCUUGCCAAGACAACACCAACUAUGCAACAAGACAAGCUUAAACGUAUUACUGUAACAUUCCCUUCUAAAUAUCAUACAUUCACUAUAUCCAAUGAUACAAUCUAUGGCAUCGAAAGAAUCCACACUCCAGCAUCUCAAUAA